UCUACAGGUUGGUUACGAUGUAUUAAGAGAAGGCACUUCUGCUACGGACAAAAUUAGUCGUGGGGUGUUCGCCCGGCUGUUCCUUAGAGAAAAAAAAAUUAUGAUGGCAAACAAGGCUUGGAAGGUGGUUCAACCGCACGUGCCCAUGAUCAAGUUCCGUAAAGGUGGCCUCGAUCGCGCAGCAGUUGCGAGUGCGACGGCCGCGCCAUCUGCACGGCCAGGAUCGGCGCAGAUGCAGCAGAGCGCGGGUGGUGCAACGGGCCCCCAAGUAAUCGUUUUGCCGACAAUAGAGGACAUUCAUUUGCCGCCACGAUAUCAGAGACGACCGAUAGAUCAAAAGGAGAUCGAAUAUAUUAAUCGUGGUGGACCAGAAUGAGUUUUCGCAGCGUAAACAUUUAGGAUACUGUAAGCUCCAUAUUUAAUUAACUUUGUUAUUGAUCGACUAUGUGCUGUUAAAAUAAAUGAACGUGACAGAGAGA